AGGAGGGCAGCAUUUCUCCUCCCAGCAUGCACCCUGCCGGGCCGGAAGGAGAUUUUCCCCGGGUCGCUGAAAUAGUAGCAGCAUGUCGUUGACCAACAUCCAGCUGGACAUAAAAUGAUUUCCAAUUUGCAAAGACACAUAAGUCAACUCAUGUUGGAUAUCUGAAGGAGACUUCGGACGUGGCCCGCUAACGCUAGCUGCUCUGCUUCGUACGGGCGUGUGCUGUUGAGGGUCUGGUCUGCUCCAGGAUGAAGGUAAAGAUCCGACAGUGGAACGGAGUGGCCUCCUGGCUGUGGGUGGCCAAUGAUGAAAACUGUGGGAUAUGCCGGAUGCCCUUCAAUGGCUGCUGUCCAGACUGCAAAGUGCCUGGAGACGACUGCCCACUGGUCUGGGGUCAAUGCUCCCAUUGUUUCCACAUGCAUUGCAUCUUGAAAUGGCUGAACUCGCAGCAAGUCCAGCAGCAGUGCCCCAUGUGCCGACAGGAGUGGAAGUUCAAAGAAUGAACCUGCGGAGUUGGUGCUGCUGUACGCCUGCUGACACUCUCACAGAAGCCUGUUCAUGUGUUUCAUUUUUCUAUCAGCUGUAAAUAAUGUUUUUGUACUUCUCCAUCUGGUCAUAUG